UAUCAUUGAAGAACGGCUGGUGAUUGGUAUUGAUGAGCCCUUCCGCUCUCUAGCAGAGUUUGAGUUUAAGCACUUUUCACGAUGUUGGUUGGUGUUUGGUCAAGGAGUGAUGCCAAGGCUUCAAAGGCUUGAGUUAUACUUUCUGGUACAGAAGAGAGAAGGUGGUGGAUUUGAUAUUGGCUUGGAGAACCUGACUUCCCUUAAACAUCUCACUGUCAGAGUUGACUGUCGGUGCGCCCGGAUCAGGGAGGUGGAGGAUGUAGAGACCAAGAUCAGGGAUGUGAUUGAGAUCCAUCCCAACCAUCCAACUCUUGAGCUGUCAAUAGAACAGACCCAUUGUAUGGUACAUGAUGAGAACAAAGGUGACCGUGAGGCUCCGGAGCAGCGAAGUAGCGACGAUGAAAGCGACAUGCUGGCUGCUGACGAUGAAAGCGACAAUGGUAGUGAGGCUUCAAAGCGAAGUGAAGCCUGACGAACAAUUGGGACUGGCAGACUUCUGAAUUUUAUUCAAUUUCUGGCAUUAAAACAUUAGCUAAUAAAUAAUCUUCCUUGGAUUGCAUCACUUCAAUUAUUGGGAUUGUUUGUGCUAUCCUGCCCUGUUUCUAUUGCCCCAGCACCAAUCUGUUUUGGUUGCGCAUUUCACUUCAUCUCAUUGUUUUCAUCCAUAUUUCGUUUCUUUUUAUCUAGCACCAAACACCUUGAUCCUUUUAUAUAAAAAAACUCCAUUACGGUUGAAAAAUGUUCAUCCCCUUCCAUCCUUAAAAAACUCGUGUUUUUGAAAAAAACUGCUCCUUUGCUAAGUUUCAAAAAUGAUUCAUUCCAUUGCUAUCCUUAAAAAAAACUCCUACUUUGUUAUUCUUGAAAAAUAAAUCCCUCCUUUGUUGUCCUUUAAAAAGAAAAAAACUAGUCCUUUAAUUGUUAUGGUACUCCGACAUCUCUCUGUCUCUCUCUCAAAAUUAUGCUUCACCUGCACCAUGUUCAGCUGAUUCUUCAGUCCAACAUCGCCUGCACAAUUGUUCAGUAAGUUCCACCAUAUUCAUCUUAGUAUUGUUACAGUUGUAGCUCAAUUCCUCCAUGAUAGUUUUGUUAUUUGCAAAAAGUACCCCUGAUUCAUUUCAUUGUUUCUUGCUAUCUGCUAUGGCCCUGUGGGUGAACAUGAAUUGUUAAAUUAGCUGUCCAUUUGUGUCAUAAGAUAACUAGUUUACCGUGCUCCUCAUGUGGUUAUAUUAAAUGAGAUCUUGAUUUAAAAUCCAUAUAAAUGUAAUGUAUUCACGAAAGUUAUGGGAAUAAAAGAAAAAUUACAAGUAACUACACAACGCGGUACCAAAAACUUUUUUUGUGUGGAGUCAAACUACAAUUUAUUUCCAUUUUUUUUUAUAGUUUACUUUGUUUGUCCAUUUGAAGAGACUCGUUAUACUUUUGAAUACAUUAGGCAUGUACCCCUAUCUCUAGCAAGGUAUCUAUAUGAUGGAUGCAGAUGCAUUACUUUGCUAAUAUAUGUUUGAUUAGUUAUAUGUAUUUUAUAGAAUAUGUAAAACUGAUAGCCACACUUGUAUACAUUAAGAACUUGAGUACUAUUAUAGGCAACCUUAGUCAAACUCUGUUAUUUCAACUUGGUGGUUUAAUUUUCACGAUUUAUGGUAGUAUAUGACUAAGGAUACAUUUUUUCUUUGACUAACUAAGGAUAUAUUUGAAUACGGCAAAAUGGAGUAACAGUGAUCAUACUUAUGUCUCUGGCAUCGUCUUGACUGGGACAAUAUAUGAUAGUGAAGUUCGAUCACAUGUGAUAUUUCGAUUAGUACUAUCUUAUAGUCAUGUUGACUCUAUUUUUAUAUUCAUUGCAUGUUUUGCAGGAAGAGAUAAGUAUGGGUCAAUUUAUGGCUUAUCAAUGGUUUGUGGGCCAGAGAUUUGUAUCAUCUUCCAAGAGAUCUAUUUACUUUGUUUGAAACUUUGACAAUUUACUAUCACUAUGUAUUUCCAAAUGUUGGCCUGAACUUGUUUGUUUAACGAACAUGUAAUUGUAGAUGAUGUUUUUGGUCUACUUUUGACAACUUUGAAUUCUUUGUUUGUAUGGAGAAUCAUUUACAUAUUGAAAGUAUGGCUUGUCCCAUGUGAAAA